AGUUUUGCUCAGACUAGGACUGUGCCAUGAAUUUCAAAAGUUUAAAGUUUAAACAUUACCAAUACUUAAAGUUGGAAUUGCGUAGAAAGGCGGCGCCAUGGCAAUGCGUGCGCAUGCCGCCAGAAUGCAUUUGCAUUCCCACAUAUUGCCAGUGCCUUUGCUUAGUCGACUGAGACUUGGUCAGUGUAUCAGGAAGUUUGCAGUCGAUCCCUAUGCAUCCGAGGAGGAUCCUUACCGCCCCAGCUUUGGACAGCGAGGAGGCCGCGCACCCCGGUUUGAAGGAAGACCAUUCAGACGUGGCUCUGACUUUGAGGAUGCUCGUGGUUUUCGAGACAGAAGUGAUUUGACUGGGAUGCCAGACCGCAUGGGAAGCCUCGGCCAAAACUUGAGACAGCUGAAUUGGCAAGAGGAGCAGUUGGUGAACAUUCAAAAGAACUUUUACACGGAACACCCAGCCAUAGCUUCAAUGAGCGAACAGGAGGUAGCGGAAGCAAUGAAGGCCUUGAAUGCAAACAUAGAAGGUCGAAAACCUCACCCAAGGCCCGUAAAGAGCUUCGAUCAAGUAGGAAUGCCCGAGGAUGUCCUGGAAAAAGUCAAGGCUGCUGGUUUUGAGGGACCCACUCCGAUCCAAGCCAUCGGCUGGCCCACUGCCUUGAGUGGACGAGACAUGGUGGGUAUUGCCCAAACGGGCUCAGGGAAGACCUUGGCGUAUUUGUUGCCGGGUAUCGUCCAUAUAGCAGCGCAACCUCCGCUGCGUCCUGGAGACGGUCCUAUUGGCUUAAUCUUGGCGCCAACACGGGAACUCGCUAUGCAGAUCCACUCAGAGGUGAUGCGCUUCACUGAGGGGACAAGAAUACGAUCCACAGCAGUUUAUGGAGGAGUACCACGAUAUGGUCAGGCCUCAGACCUGCGACGAGGAGUUGAGAUCUUGAUCGCUACUCCGGGACGAUUGCUGGACUUUCUCGAGUCUGGCACAACAACCCUCAAGCGUGUGACAUACUUGAACUUGGAUGAGGCUGACAGGAUGUUGGACAUGGGCUUUGAGCCACAGAUCCGGAAGGUUGUGUCCCAAAUUCGUCCGGACAGACAAACUUUGAUGUGGUCUGCAACUUGGCCAAAAGAGAUCCAAAGACUGGCAAGGGACUUCUGUCGAGAGGAUCCUGUGAAGCUCACCAUUGGCACAGAGGAGUUGUCCCUGAACCCGCAGAUUGUACAGCAGAUCGAGGUUGUCGGAGAGUAUGACAAGCGGGAUAGAUUCAUGAGCUGGAUGAAGGGCACAGGUGAUGAGCAGAAGAUCCUGGUCUUUACUGAGACAAAGCGUGGCGCGGAUUCACUUUGCCGCGAGCUACAGUACCAAAGCUUAUCUGCAAGUGCCAUACAUGGUGACAAGGAGCAGAGACAGCGUGACAAGACUCUCCAUGACUUUAGAUCUGGACGUUGCAACAUUCUUAUUGCCACCGACGUAGCACAAAGAGGCCUCGACAUCAAAGAUGUCAACUAUGUGGUAAACUAUGAUGUUCCCAAAACCGUCGAAGAUUACAUCCAUCGCAUUGGGCGGACAGGGCGUGGAAGUGCUACUGGCACAGCCGUUACCUUUUUUCCGGCUGAUGCAUACACACCGGAUAUGAUCCGGAUGGCGCGAGCCAUCAGCAAGGCCAUGCGAGACGUUGGGCAAAAACCACCCCAAGAGCUUCUUGAAAUUGCAGGUCCUGGCAGGCGCUGAUGAGAAGCCUGGAGUGAGUUCAAAGAGCUUGCCAAGCAAUUCAACUAGGGCUUGUGGAGGAAACAAUGAGUCAUUCAAGAAAUGC